AUGAAGUCUCACUCAGCAUGGGGUACAUCCAAGAACCUCGUCAAGUUUAGAAUUCCGACUUCGGACAACCUAGUUCCUAUACGUCUGGAUAUUGAAAUCGACGGCCAGAGAUUUAGAGAUGCAUUCACCUGGAACCCUUCUGAUCCUGAUUCUGAAGUUGUGGUAUUUGCGAAAAGAACAGUGAAAGACUUGAAGCUUCCUCCUGCUUUUGUCACACAGAUUGCUCAAUCUAUCCAAACACAGCUAACAGAAUUUCGGUCAUAUGAAGGGCAGGAUAUGUACACUGGAGAGAGAGUUGUCCCCAUCAAGCUAGACCUUCGAGUUAACCAUACUAUCAUCAAGGACCAUUUUUUGUGGGAGUUGAACAACUUUGAAAGCGACCCUGAAGAAUUUGCUAGAAUUUUUUGCAAAGAUAUGGGCAUUGAAGACCCAGAAGUUGGACCUGCCAUUGCUAUCGCAAUCAGGGAGCAACUUUAUGAGAUUGCUGUACAAAGUGUGACUUCUGCCAAGGAAAGCAGAAUAAGCAAGAAAGGGCGAAGAGCUGGUGAAUUUUUCUCUGCCAGCAAGACAGGUGGAAAUGCUGUGGACUUGGUCAAGCUGUUUGGUAACAAAUCGAGUGUCAUUCGGAAGAGAAAGGAGUGGGAUGCAUACGAACCCCUUGUCGAUCUCCUAUCAAAUGAGGAGGUGGAUGCUCUCAAGGCAAGGGAAGAAAGGAAUAUUCGAUGA